ACAUUCUAAACCACAGUCUAAAGAGAUGAGGCUGACUGAUAUGAAAUGUGAACCUGUAAAAGGAUCAUCUGCACAAUAUUCAGACAAUUCCAAAUCUUCAGAUGUUCAUGGAAGCAGCAGUGACAUUGCGGACAAUGUUGAGGACGAUCCUUGGCAAGAGUCGUGCGGAAGGAGAACUAAGCCGAAGGUUUCCCUAGCAGGGAGGACAGCGAGAGAUUCGGGCCCCGGACAAAGCCCUGUCCUCGCAAGACCCCCCCAACACUCAGAGACACAGCCGCUGGGGAGGCUGUGCAGAGGAUCAGUGUAUCCCCCGGACUAUAACCCAAAUCUGUGGGAUCCCACUAUCUCCAGCGGUCUUCUCCACUCGGCACAGGCUAACACCUGGACCAGCGGGGCCACCGCGGGAACAGGAAGCGGACCGAGCCUGGCAACAGCGGGCAGGACUCCAGGACCUCCAGGGAUCCCGGUGCAGGAGCUGGUGAGCCUCUCACACUUUGGAGGCUUCCUGUUUUAUCCCUACCCCGGCUUCUCUGCAGCACCAGUCCACUACCUCCUCCCACCUGCGCGGUCCCGAGUGGAUUUCCGAGCCCACCCGAGCGUCCUCAGCCGGGACUACGCCCCCCCUCCCGUCAUGUCUUCAUCCGCUCCUGCUUCGGCGGGUGCUGGACUGAAAUAUCAUGCCCUUGAUUGGCAAAUGCUAACCAAGACAGGGCAGAAGGAUUCUGUGGACACAGAAAUUGAGUUUAAAAGCUGAAAUUGAAAAUGAAAAUGAUCACAGACAGAGUGAAAAUGUGAACCUUUCCCAAAGUAAAUUAGACUUAAAAAAUGUCAGUUUCUCCGGUAAAAACUUAAUUAGGAAGUUGGAAGCCAAUGUUUAAACUGUUUGCACACACACACACACACACACACACACACACACACACACACACACACACACACACACACACAAACACUCCUUGCAUUUAAAGAAUUGAUCGAUCUGUCUAUGAGAGUGUGUUUUUUGUGUGUGUAUUAUGGCGUCAGUAUACUACCUUCACUUUAAAAGGGGAGGUGAUGUGAGGUAUUGAUAUUUGACUUUUCUAUUUUGGCAACUUAUUUUUGCUGUAAUACCCGAGUGCAAGGAAUGCUGGGAUACGCGGCCAUCUGCUAUAUGCAAAGCUGUCUGUCACAGUCAGUGUAUAUAAGAAUACAUCACGUAAAAUUAACCAUUAUGUUCAUGCCGGGAUG